UUAUAAUUUUUUCACAUAAACUCAUUUUUAUCAUGAACACUCACUUCCAUUUAAUUUUCAACCCCAAUAAAAAUGUAAAUAAGCCACAAAACAGAAAUAGUAGGGCAAGAACCAGCCCCCAACACGCAGUGAUUCAUACUGGCAAUUUCAUCCUUAUAUGGUACUGUUUUGAAAGUGACCACGAUUUCAUCAAACCCAUUUAGUGAAACGCAGAUGUUCAUCAGCAGUCUCAGCAUUAACCCACAAUGUAUCUUUAUGAACCGCCCAGUAAACUCACUCUAACUUCAGUCGAAGAAUUCCAAGAGGCCUUCCAAUUGUUUGACAACAGAGGCGAUGGCAAAAUCCACGUGUCGCAAAUUGGGGACGCGUUGAGGGCUUUGGGGCAAAACCCCACAGAAUCUGAUGUGAAAAAAUACACCCAUCAACAUAAACCCGACGAGAGGGUUUCAUUCGAGGUUUUCUUGCCAAUCUACCAACAAAUUUCUAAGUCAAGGAGUGCCGACACUGCUGAUGAUUUCAUUGAAGGGCUUCGUCAUUUUGAUAAGGAUGGAAAUGGGUACAUCAGUUCAGCGGAAUUGCGCCACCUGCUUACCACUCUUGGGGAGAAACUGACAGAUGAUGAGGUCGAGCAACUGCUGCAAGGCCAAGAAGAUUCGCAGGGAAAUGUUAACUAUGAAGAAUUUGUUAAAUUAAUCAUGUCCGGAUAAUUUGGAUUCGGGUCCGGAGUAGAUCUUUUGGGGUGCAUUUAAACUAAUUUAUUUAUAGUCUACGUUUUAACUUUGACGAGUUUUCUGUUUUAUAGUGCCUUCAUUCCAAUUUUAUUAUAGUAUAGAGGCAUUUUGUAUUAGUCAUCGUACUUAUAGGUGCAAAUAUUUGUAAUAAUUUAGGUAUUUUUCACUAUCCGGUUGUUAAAGAGCAUGUGUGUUCAUAAUAACCAAUAAAAGUAUAUAAUACACA